ACCAUUAAUAAAGUUAACAUAAUAUCCCUCUCCUCUCCCUGCUGAUUUCAGGAGCUGUUCUAAGAAUACAAUGAAAUUAUGGAAGUGAAAGUGAUUUGGUAACUCUACAUCAAAAAUUCAAAUUCUUCUGACUCUUGUCCUUUUCUAAACCCUGAAGAUGACAUGGACAUAGAGAUGGGGAAUUACUCUGUGGUGACUGAAUUCUUUCUGGUGGGACUCUCCCAAUACCCAGAGCUCCAGCAUUUUCUGUUUGUGCUCUGCCUCAUCAUGUACCUGAUAAUCCUCCUGGGAAACGGUCUCCUCAUUAUCAUCAGCAUACUGGAUUCUCGCCUCCACACCCCCAUGUACUUCUUUCUCGGAAACCUCUCAUUCUUGGACAUCUGUUACACAUCGUCAUCCAUUCCUCCAAUGCUUGUUAUAUUUGUAUCUGACAGAAAAUCCAUCUCCUUCACUGGCUGUGCUCUACAGAUGGUUAUCUCUCUUGGAUUAGGCCUCACUGAGUGCGUCCUCCUGGCUGUGAUGGCCUAUGAUCGGUAUGUGGCCAUCUGCAACCCACUGAGGUACCCCAUCAUCAUGAACAGGGUGCUGUAUGUGCACAUGGCUGCAUGGUCUUGGACCAUAGGCUGUAUGGUGUCCCUACUGCAAAGUAUCAUGACAAUAAUACUACCUUUCUGUGGUAAUAAUGUCAUUGAUCACAUUACCUGUGAGAUCUUGGCCCUUCUUAAACUCAUCUGCUCAGAUAUCACCAUUAAUGUGCUUAUCAUGACGGGGGUGGGUAUUGUUUUACUAGUGAUUCCUCUGCUGUUAAUUUUCAUCUCCUAUAUUUUCAUAAUCUCUUCCAUCCUUAGAAUUAGUUCUGCUGAGGGAAGAAAAAAAGCCUUUUCUACCUGUUCGGCCCACAUAACUGUAGUCAUUUUAUUCUAUGGUUCAGCCCUUUUCAUGUAUAUGAAGCCCAAGUCAAAGGUCACAAACACCUCUGAUGUGAUCAUUGCACUGUCUUAUGGAGUGGUAACCCCAAUGUUAAACCCCAUCAUCUACAGCCUGAGGAAUAACGAGGUGAAAGAAGCUGUGAAGAAAGUUCUGAGAAGACACCUACAUUUAUUUUAAACAUGAAAGACUGAGAGGCAUAUGAUAAUCUUAGAUGAGAGAACAGAUGUUGUCUUUUGUAUUCAAAGAUAAUAUUGCAAAACUAGUGUUAGGACAGCUUUUAUUUUCACAAAGCCAAAUAUGAGAUUCCAUUCUUUCAGCAUAAAAUGCUUAUGAAAAUAUUCUAAAUAGUUCCUUAUCUGCUGGGCUUCCUGUUCUAAGCAUCUUUCCUAAUUGCUCCCAUGAAGGUCAUGAUGUUGUUAAAGAUCAAUCCCUCUUUCUCUGUCUUCCCUUGUCUUUUCUCAAUUCCUUCUUCUCUCUUCUGUUCUCCCCUCUCCUCUCUCCUCGAUAUAUUUCCUUUCUCCUCCUUCCUUCUAUCGUCCUUGUCUUUCUCAGUCUCCUUGAAAUUGUAUUUAUUGUUUUUGUUAUGCAGCAUCCCUGCACAAUACUGCUAAACAAUUUGCAGAGCUGACCAAUAUGUAGAGAAUGAAUGCAUAGUUUUCUUUUGAGGAAGCAAUGUUCCCCUACUACCUCAGUCCAUGUUGUACAGCAUGGGACUGACCUAACUUUCUGGAUAUAUGGGUAAGCAUGGAAAUAAGCCUAGUAAGUAAGUAAAUUAACUAAGAAAUAAUUUUUAAGCUGUAUAUUCUUCUACUCAUAGUGAUUGUUAUAGCAUAGCAAAUGACCUGAGUCAGGCUAAUUAGAGUCAACCCCAGCAGUGCUGACACUUGGGUUCUCUUGAUCUCAGUUUUCUCUCAGCUGGUAGAAUAGAAACGCUGAGCUCCUGCUGGUCAUCUCUGCCAAUAUGUGGGAGAGUCUAACUGAGAAGGAAAGUAGAGGUGAGAUAGAGAAUGUGUAUGACAUUGUCAUUUUAACUCCUGAAACCAGAUUUUACAAUGAUCACACUGACCUUUCUACAUUUUAUAUAUAUGAUUUAAAUUACUAUUUUUGAAAAAAAUUGUGUUAGAUUUUUACCACUUAUAGCCACAUGAAUCCUAAUACAUCCCCUUGCUUAACAUCCCCCUCCACCCACUCUCAUUUUUGAAGUCAAAAAUACAUAUAAGGAGGACUGGAGCCAAGAUGGCAGCAUGAGUAGAGCAGCAGAAAUCUCCGCCCAAAACCAUAUAUAUUUUUGAAAAUUCACCAAAUAUAACUAUCCUUAAAAGAGAG